AUGUCUCGUAAACGAGUUUUUGAUCUGCUGAGGACAAUUAAUGUUGCUGCUUGCCAGUGUCCAGCUCAUAGCCAUAGAGGCAAUAUACAAGUAACAAACACAACUCCUAGCAAAGAUUAUGCUUUUGAAAUCAAAUGUUCUACUGUAAGAUAUGGCCUGGGAGUCACAAAGGAGGUUGGUUUGGACUUGUUUAAUCUUGGAGCUAAAAAUGUUUGUGUAAUGACAGAUCCUAAUGUUGUAUCUUUGAGUCCGACUAAGGCAGUUCUUGAUUCUCUCACCAAACAUGGGAUUCAUUACAAAGUUUAUGAUGGAGUAAGGGUGGAACCAACGGAUUCUAGCUUUAAAGCAGCCAUAGACUUUGCAAAGGCUGGCAAUUUUGAUAGUUUUGUAGCUGUCGGAGGUGGAUCUGUAAUGGAUACCUGUAAAGCAGCUAACUUGUAUUCUUGUGAUCCUGAGGCAGAAUUCUUGGAUUAUGUAAAUCAACCUAUUGGUAAAGGAAAAGAGGUCACUGUACAGUUGAAGCCAUUAAUAGCCAUACCAACAACCAGUGGAACAGGCAGUGAAACUACAGGAAUGAGUAUAUUUGAUUAUGAAGCUAUUCAGGCCAAAACUGGUAUUGCAAAUGCUGCUCUAAGACCGUUAUUGGCCCUUAUAGAUCCUCUUCACACCCUCUCUGUUCCAAAAAAUGUUGCAAUUUAUUCUGGAUUUGAUAUUUUCUGUCAUGCAUUGGAGAGUUUUACGGCUAUUCCAUAUUCAGAGAGAGGGCCUGCGCCAACCAAUCCAGCUUUGAGACCUGUUUAUCAAGGAAGUAAUCCUAUAUCUGAUGUGUGGUCAAGAUUUUGUUUACAGAGUCUAGCCAAAUACUUCUCCCGUUCUGUAAACAACGCGGACGAUGUCGAGGCUCGAUCUAGUAUGCACUUAGCGGCCACUAUGGCUGGCGUAGGUAUCGGAAAUGCAGGCGUGCAUUUGUGUCAUGGACUUGCUUAUCCAAUUGCAGGAAAUGUUAAACAAUUCGUCCCCGAAGAUUAUGGAAAGGAUCCAAUAAUUCCACAUGGGCUAUCAGUAGUCGUAACGGCACCAGCUGUAUUCCAAUUCACGGCUCAGAGUGACCCUGACAAACAUUUAGAGGCCUCGAAUCUCCUAGGAACAGAUAUUUCGGGCAAAAAGCAAAAAGAUGCUGGGAAGAUAUUGUCAGACACAAUAUUGAAAUACAUGGAAAUGAUGAAGAUUGACAAUGGUCUGACUGGACUUGGUUAUUCACUUGAAGAUAUACCACAACUAGUCAAAGGAGCAUUACCACAGCACCGUCUCUUGAAACUGACUCCUUUGCCUCAAACAAAAGAAGAUUUGCAACACAUUUUGGAAGACUCGUUAACUAUUUAUUAA